GAUAUUGAAUUUGGUGUAAAAGUGUUAACCAUAAUAAUAGGGGAUUUCGGUUAAUCUUCCACGUCGGAACAUUGUUUGAAAGAAACUAAAACUGUGCCCUGUCAUAAACUUGAUAUCUUGCGUGAUACAAUCAUGCACGUACGAUAAUAAGUUGUAGUAUCAUCGAACCAAAAAAUUAUAACCAAUAUUUUUCUAAGUUAUCGAGGAUGCAUUAAUAUUUCGAGCGUAAGAAUGGUUCAUCUCUCACGGGUUAUUAGCUCUCACAAUCAUUCUUACAAGGAUGUCUGCACCAACACAACGAACCAUGCAGAGGUUGUAAGGGUUCAGUAUGAUCCUAAUGAGUGCACCUUUGAGACGCUUCUAUAUUUGUUCUGGUCUAGGCAUGAUCCCACCACCUUGAAUCGUCAGGGAAAACUUGUGGGAGCUCAAUACGGGUCAGGUAUAUACUUCUACACACCAGAGCAAGAGAAGCUAGCACGAGAAUCUCUAGAGACUCAGCAGAAGAAACUGGAGAAGAAGAUUGUGACUGAGAUAUUACCGGCCAAGAAAUUCUAUAAAGCUGAGGAAUACCAUCAGCAUUGCCUCUCCAAAGGUGGAAAGAGUGGCCAUGCACAGUCCCCUGCAAAGAGCUGCAAAGACCCUAUCAGCUGCUUUGGCUGAGGAAAAGCCUUUGUUCCUCUUCCCCCAAAACAGAGGAUUCUCAGAGAAUAUGUAUCUGUUUGAAUGUGUGUGUGUGUGUGUGUUGAUUUGUAAGUCUCAGUUAGUAAUAAAGAUGCAUGUGUGGGAUCAUCUCAACUGUGUAACGUGUCUUAGUUUCUCAACUUUGAACUGAUGUAUGUUUGAAUAAUUAGUAAGUACCAUCAUUAGAACCUAAA